AUGAAAAUAAUGACGUCAACGGAAAUCACCGGAUCGCCGACGAGUCGCGGCGGUAACGUGUCCGUCACGGCGAUCAACUGCAGCGACGAUGGCGGAGGAGGACCGGGUGGAACCGGGGGCGGAACACCGGUGUCGCUGGACGCCAAGUUGGCCGCUGCUUCCUCUGCAUCGGGCACCGCCACGCUCCUCAGCCACAACAACAACAACAACAACCAUAUCGCAAGCAACAACAACAGUGUGGUUGCGUGUAGCAACAACAACAACACCGUCGGUGGCCAGGGAACAGGGAUUUUUGGGGCCGUCGGGAGCGCCAGCAUCCGGAUCACUGUGCCGAAGAUGGAGGAAUCGGAUGAGUCCGAUACGGAGCUGUCGAACAUUGAGAAGUCGGUGACCACAAACGGAGCGGCCGCCGGAGGAGUGGUGGUCAGCAUGCGGGAACACGAGCGUAGCGCCAGCAAAAGCCUUCCGCGCCCAAUGUCCUGGGAGGGUGAGCUCUCGGAGCCGGAAGCGAUGAUGGUGGACAACGAGAGCAGCAGUAGUAGUAGUAGUGGCGGCAGUAGCAGCAGCAGUAGCAACGACAAGAUUGCCGUAGGCUUGAUGACCCCGAUCGAACCGGUCGUCGCGUUGAAGCAGGAACGAUCGGAAGACGAACAGCAACACCAGCAGCAGCAGCAGGAGUCGCAAGGAGUGCAAACUCCCGGACCGGGCAUUACGGAACCGCUGGCACUUACGGCCAGCGCUCCUCAACAUGGGACUGUGGUGGCGGCGCCGUCCCCGGCCGGCUUGCGGUCCAGUGUGGCCAGUAACUCACCGCUCCCCGGUCGACUGUUGAUCAAACCCGAAGCAGGACUCCCAUUAAUCACGCCCGGUUUGGCGUACAACGCGUCCAACAUUCCACCCACCAGCGGCCUACCGUCGGCCAAGAAACUCCCGGAUGUGAUCAACCUCAAGUACGAGCUGCCACCGACGACACCGGGCAGUUCGGAGCAAGCAGGGUCCACAACGAUUCACUCGCCGCUGCUCGUUCGCUCCAAAACUACGCUCCUUCCGGCCAACCCGAGUCCCGAUUCGGCCAUCCACUCGGUGUACACGCACAGCUCACCGAGCCAGUCACCGCUCACGUCCCGCCACGCACCCUACACGCCGUCGCUGAGCCGAAACAAUAGUGACGCAUCGCACAGCAGCUGCUACUCGUACUCGUCCGAGUUCAGCCCAACCCAUUCGCCGAUCCAGGGACGUCACAGUAUAUUCGGUGGUGGCACCGGUGCCGGGGGCGGUGUUAAUGGCACGGCGAGCGCAUCCUUUAACGGGUCGCCCCUGCACCACUCAGUAUUAUUCAAACCGAUGCUGGACGGGGCCGAUCCGCAGCAGCAGCAGCACCAUCAGCAGCAGGCUGCCCUCAAGCAGCUGGCUGCGGCGGCGGCCGCUGCCGCCCAACAGGACGAUUCGCUGUACGACGGAGAGCAUCUGCCAUCGCCCGGUAUCUCCCGGCAGCAGCUAAUCAACAGUCCCUGCCCGAUUUGUGGUGAUAAAAUUUCCGGCUUCCACUACGGCAUCUUCUCGUGCGAGUCGUGCAAGGGGUUCUUCAAGCGGACGGUGCAGAACCGCAAGAACUACGUGUGCCUUAGGGGGGCGGCCUGUCCUGUGACGAUAGCGACGCGGAAAAAGUGUCCCGCCUGCCGGUUCGAGAAGUGCCUUCAGAAGGGAAUGAAGCUGGAAGCCAUCCGAGAAGAUCGAACACGUGGUGGCCGAUCGACGUACCAGUGUUCGUACACCCUGCCAGGGCCGCUGGUGAGCGCCGUUGGAGGGAUGCAGCCAGGCAGUGACUCCCCGGUGACCGGUCCGUUUCAGUAUGGCGGCAACGCGGUACGAUCACCGUACGUUGGUGGUGGCCCAGGCUCCGGUGGUCAGCAGCUGAAAAUGGAACCGGGUGACGGUGGGGCGCCGAUGAUGGGUGGGCUGAACGGGACGAUGAUCGGUGACGGCGGUGGUUCCGGCAUCGGUAAUCACCUACAACCAGGCAUUCCAGUGUUGCUACAGGAAAUCAUGGACGUUGAGCCACUGUGGCAGUACAACGCGGCCGAGCUGGCCCGGCUCAAUCAGCCGCCACCGGCGGUGAGCAGUGCGGCGAUCGCCAGCAAUCCGCUACUCUCCAGUGCCGGCAUCUCGUCCGAAAGCAGCCCGGAUCUGAUCGCCAACCUGUGCAACAUCGCCGACCACCGGCUGUACAAGAUCGUCAAGUGGUGCAAGAGUUUGCCGCUGUUCAAGAACAUUUCGAUCGAUGACCAGAUCUGCCUGCUGAUCAACUCGUGGUGCGAGUUGUUACUAUUUUCCUGCUGCUACCGUUCGAUCGCGACUCCGGGCGAGAUCAAGAUCUCGCUCGGGAAGUCGAUCACGCUCGAACAGGUGAAAAACAGUGGAUUGCAGACCUGCAUCGAACGGAUGCUUCACCUGACGGACCAUCUGCGGCGGCUGCGCGUCGAUCGGUACGAGUACGUCGCCAUGAAGGUGAUCGUUCUGCUGUCGUCCGACACCUCCGAGCUGAAGGAGUCGGAAAAGGUGCGUGCAAGCCAGGAGAAGGCCCUGCAAGCGCUGCAGGCGUACACGCUUGCCUACUACCCGAAAAGUCCGGCCAAGUUUGGCGAGCUGCUGCUCCGGAUUCCGGAACUUCAGCGAACCUGUCAGGUUGGCAAGGAGAUGCUGACGAUCAAAUCGAAGGACGGCGAAGAACCAUCAUUCAACCUUCUCAUGGAGCUGCUCCGCGGCGAACAUUGA